AUGGGAAGCCGAACAUUGAUGAUGAUCGGGGCGACGCUAACGUUGUUGUUUUUAUCGGUGACAUUGGUGUCUAGCACUGAAGAAUGUGCUUCUGUGACGUCGCUUGUCGCCACGUGCUACACGUUCAUCACGUACGGGACACCGGACCCGUUUCCGGGGUCUCCGUGCUGCAAUGCUAUGGCCAGUCUCAAGGUUAUUGCCGACACCAUUGAAAACCGGAGAUUUGCAUGUAGAUGCUUGAUGGGCCUCAUUGCAACGUACAACCCAAAUGCCUAUGCCAUUGCCACUUUGCCCGACUUUUGUCAAGUCUCUUUGGGCUUCAACAUCGAUCCUAAUACCGAUUGCAACUUGUAA